UGAUGAACCAUGGAGCUCAAGGUAUGGGUGGAUGGAGUCCAGAGGAUCGUCUGUGGGGUCACAGAAGUCACAACAUGCCAGGAGGUGGUGAUAGCCCUGGCUCAGGCUAUUGGCCGCACCGGGCGCUAUGCGCUGAUCGAGAAGUGGCGGGACAGCGAGCGGCACCUGGCCCCCGGCGAGAACCCCAUCGUGUCGCUCAACAAGUGGGGCCAGUACGCCAGCGACGUGCAGCUGAUCCUGCGCCGCACCGGGCCGUCCCUGAGCGAGCGGCCCACCUCGGACGGCGGUGCCCGCGUCCCCGAGCGCACGCUGUACCGGCAGAGCCUGCCGCCCCUGGCCAAGCUGCGGCCCCCUGGCGACAAGGCCAUCAAGCGGCGGGAGCCCAAGCGCAAGUCUCUCACCUUCACCGGAGGGGCCAAGGGCCUGAUGGACAUCUUCGGGAAGAGCAGGGAGGCCGAGUUCAAGCAAAAGGUGCUCGGUGGCUGCAGGGCCUCUGCGGAUGAGCUGAAGAAGCUGAUCCAGCUGCAGGGUGAGAGGCUGCAGGGUAUCGAGAGGCAGCUGGAGUCCAACGAGGCUGAGAUCCGCUACUGGGAGCAGAAGUACAGCGCCAGCCUGGAGGAGGAGAUCCUCAAGCUGGAGCAGGAGAUCAAAAGGAACGAAGUGGAGAUUGAGGAAGAAGAGUUCUGGGAGAAUGAGCUGCAGAUCGAGCAGGAGAAUGAGAAGCAGCUGAAGGAGCAGCUGCAGGAGCUGAGACAGCGGAUCAUGGACUGCGAGAGCAAGCUGAAGGACUACCUGUCACAGAUCCACAACAUGGAGAGCGGCCUGGAGGCGGAGAAGCUGCAGCGGGAGGUGCAGGAGUCCCAGGUGAACGAGGAGGAGGUGAAGGAGAAGAUCGAGAAAGUGAAGGGUGAAAUUGACGUGCAGGGCCAGCAGAGCCUGAGGCUGGAGAACGGCAUCAAAGCUGUGGAGAGGUCUCUGGGCCAAGCUACCAAACGGCUGCAGGACAGAGAGCAGGAGCUGGAGCAGCUGACGAAGGAGCUGCGCCAGGUCAACCUGCAGCAGUUCAUCCAGCAGACAGGAACCAAGGUCACAGUGCUGCCAGCAGACCCCGUGGAGGUCGAGGCCCCACACGUGGAGCUCAAGAGAGAGCCCCCGUUCCAGUCGGGCUCGCUCCGGCGGCCGGGCUCCUCGCGGCAGCUGCCCAGCAACCUGCGCAUCCUGCAGAACCCCCUGGCCUCCGGCUUCAACCCAGAGGGCAUCUACGUAUGA